CGAAGAGGCGAGAACAGUGAUCCAAAUCGCUUCGGGUCCGCCGCCGCAAGAGCCGGGAGCGGCGCGGGGCUGCGCGGGGCGCACGCCCAGGUUGCUGUAGGGGCUGUCGCCUUGAUAAGGGCGCAAGGGCGGCGCCGGCGGGGACGGAAGGGCUGCCCCAAUCAAGCUUGGGUUGCCCAGAACCUACCGCGACGAUGGUCGAGGGAAGAGGUAGGGCCACGACGGCCUUCAUGCGCCAGCUGACGCGCAUGUUCGAGGAGCAACAGAAUGAAAUCCGCUGGGAGGACGGGACCAUUAUCAUCCCGGACCCCGCGGCGUUGGAACGUAUACUACCCAUGUACUACAAAACGUCCAAGUUCUCUUCUUUCCAAAGGCAAUUGAACAACUUUGGGUAUCAUCGGUCCUACGAUAACGGGUCGGCAAGACCCGUCGAUCGGUCGAAGGCGCGAGGCGUGUGUUACCGAAAGGUGGCAGGCGCGCCCGCUUGCCGUGAUAUUGCGGGGUUGUUAUCACUGAGACCGUUGGUGCGGCGCAAGAAGCGCCCCGCGGAACCGGUGAUCGGCCAACGACGGUCGCUGAUCAAUAGCUCGCACUUCCUGAGGCCCCCGCCCAAGCGGCCGCGCGCGGAGUCCCUCGAGAACCUGAAUGACGCGGCGCGCUGUUUGGUGUCGUUCACGUGCCUCAAGGCCGCGUCCCGAGUUUUGGUUUGAAUAUAUCCCUUUGCUCCGCGGCGCCCGACGGCGCCGCGGCCUAAUUGAUCUUUGCUUGCUUGA